CUUUCUAAUCGAAUCAGAGAGGGUUUACAGUAAUUACUGUAAACUCUCUGAUCGAAUCACGAGGCCGACGCUCAGCCAAUCAGCGAGCCAAUUUCUCAUCUCCGACCCUAGCCUAGGCCUAUUUAAAAGCGCCCGCGUUCAGUGGCCGGCUUCCCCUUCUGUUAAUCCUUUCCUCCGCCAACCGCCGAUUCCGCAAGUCCGAAACAGAAGUGACCCCAGUUUCAGUCUUCAGCCUAGGCUACUGGAACCUUCCACGUUUCCACGGCAAACUCAACACUUCAGCGUAGCUUCCUCAAGAACUCUUCUGGUUGACAGUCUAAAAAUGGCGGCCCAGCAAUUGAACGUUUCAUCUCUCCAGGCAGCAGUUGAGCACAAUUCCACUGUCCUGGAAAUUAUUCUAAGGACGGUGCAGGAUCUGCAAGGAGAGAGUCUGAAAACCAACCGAAGACUGUUGGGUCUGGAAGCCAAAGUGACCGGUCUUCUAGACAGGACCUCCUCACUGCCUGGCACCCCCACACCGGGCCCCCAGACCCCCGGCACCCCCACACCGGGCCCCCAGACCCCCAGUACCGAGUCCUCCGCCAAGGAAGAAAUCCUGGCAGAGAUUCGAGAACAGUCUAAGGAGAUACAGUCUUUUCUGGAGCAGAGGGUGAAUGACGCGGAGACAGCCGUGACGUCAGAAAUCACGGAAACUAAACGCGUGCUCUCCUCGAGAAUAAAAAACCUGUCCAAAAGUGUUCAAGCAAAUAAUAGGAGAAAUAAUAACUCAAAUUCAAAAAUAGGCAGACUCAUAAGAACUGCCGCUUUCACAAACACGAACAUAAACCAAAAAUUUGGAAAACUUCAGGAAACUCUCAACGAGGCAACGGGCAGAGUGAAUGAGCUCUGCGAUACGGGCAAGAAAAACUUAGCUAUAGUAGAAAGAAUGAAGAAGGAUUUUGAGACGGAGGGUCGGGUCCUGGACUUGUUACGGGCAGACAGUAGGGCGGUUAUUGACCAAAUAGUAACCGAAGGUCAGAUUACACGGGAGGUGGUAAUGGGGGAAAGAGAAACGCGGUUAAUGUACACGUGUGACUUUUACGUCACACAAUUUAGUGACUGGGUGGGGUCGGGGGAAGGUCAGUACAGCCGGCUCUGGUACGUAGACCAGGUCGAAACUUACUUAAAGGGUCAUGUGCGUUUUCAUAACGACAAGAAAAUGGAUGUGUGGCUGGUUAACGGUCGGUACCCGCACGUUGUGGGUCUGGCUGGUCGGACUGGGGUACGUGAUGUCAGAGUGAGUGUGGCGGUGGUGGGACAGACAGAGACAGGGGACAACUGGGAGCUGGGGAGUUUUGAGUUUAACCCUGACGAGAUGUUCAUCCCUGUAGAGUGUGAUGGCUGGGUGGGUCCCGGGGGAUGUCAUGUAGCCUCCGGCGUGUCUCAUGAAGAGCUGUACUCACGGGGAUUGGUAACGUGUGACAGAAUUCUUCUACGGUACACCAUCACUGUACUGUAGGUGAUAGAGGCGGGGGUUGAGGGGGUGUCGACAGUCGGAUACACAGACAGACGGAUACACAGACACACAAAGAGACAUAGACGGACAGACAAACACACUCACA